CCAUUCAACCACUGGCUCUAAUGUAGCCCUGUGUUUACUACAGAAUUAGUGCAUAGCGGACGACAGUCUCCUGAACUGUGAACUCCGAAUCACAAAAGAUAACCUGUUAGUUUUGCUUAAAAGAAGAAAAAUAUCCCAAACUCAACAUGCCCAAGAGAAAGGGAACUGAUGGGGAAGUCAAGGAGGAGCCUCAGAGAAGGUCUGCUAGAUUAUCGGCGAAACCAACACCUCCAAAACCUGAACCCAAACCGAAAAAAACUCCCAAGAAAGAGAAGGAAGUGAAUGAUAAAAAGGAAGAAAAGAAAGCAAAGGCUGAGGAAUCCAAGGAGGAAAACCAAUCAGAAAAUGGGGAGACUAAGACCAAUGAGGUUGAAAAAACUCCAGACGAGGUGGAGGAGCCCGAGAAGAACCCGAAGACAGAGUAGCACCACACCUGUACAUCCAUCUGUCCAUCCGUCCAUCCUUUCCCUUUCCCCCCUUUCCUUUCUUUUAUCUUCCUCUCUCUCUCCCAGUUCUCUCAGCAACCUCCUCUCUGCCCCAUCACCACCAGAGGAAUAUUUUUAUCAGCGAAUUUGUAAAUACUGCUUAAGGUUUUUAGCACAAAAACAAAGCUGACUAAAACGAGUCUUGUGUUCGGCCGCAGCUGUAUCAGGUGUCUACAACACGAGAGGUGUGAAAAAGGCGGCAUCUUUAAUUUAAGUUGAUUUUAUAAAAAUUUUUUUUUUUUUUUUUUUAAGGGGAUGGUCUGUAGCUUGGUUUUGGAGUGGGAGGAGGCUCUCCGUCUGUAUGUCCGUUAGUGCUCGUGAUGUUGCUCCGGAGUCUGUGAUGUUUCUGUAUGGGGGUUGUUUUAUUUUUAUUUUAAAUGUAAUUGAUUGUCUUUAAGAAAGAGAAAUGAGUUCAACAAAUAUAGAAGAAAAGAGAGAAAACAAUUAAAGACAAACUGUACAUUCCAGGUUCAGCAUUAGAUGGCGACUCCUGGCUUUUUAAGAAUCAUAUCACCUUUGCAGUUUGUUGAAACAGAUAACUGGACUUUGUUAGGAGCCCAGAAAAACCCUUCUGUUGUUAUAGAGGACUUUUUUGAAAUUACAGGAUUCAAAGAAAAAGAAUUUAAAGCGAUUUUUUGGAAUUUUUUUAACACUAAAAAAUUCAUCUGUGAAAAAGUACUUGGUGUCCCCUAUAAUGCUCUCGGUCUCACUCAAUAAAAAUCCAUCAUUGGAGUUUUCCUCAAAA